UCUUGAGGCAAGUCUGAAAAGCCGAGAAGCAGAAGAAGAAAAAGAAGAAGAAGAGACAGAGACCGUUCUUAUCGGCGAAGACGAAUUACUUUCUCUCUUCGUGUGAAUUUCCUUCUCCUUACUUGAACUUCCCGGCGAUAACAAUAGUUUGGUUUGUCUACCGGAGCCGGAUCAUCUGAUUCCAUCGCCGACGUUUAAGUCAUCAAAUGGGAGCUCGGUGCUCUAAGUUCUCCUUCUGCUUGUUCCAUUCCAACUUCAAAUCCGCUUCAGUCCUCGAAUCUCCCGAUCUCGAAAACGGAGGGAAACUUUGGCCGAAUUUCAAGGAGUUUCGAUUGGAGCAGCUGAAAUCUGCGACCGGAGGUUUCUCAUCGGAUAACAUUGUAUCGGAACACGGCGAGAAAGCUCCCAACAUUGUUUACAGAGGUAGGCUUGAUGAUGGUCGCUUGAUCGCCGUCAAACGCUUUAACCGCCUCGCCUGGGCCGAUCACCGACAGUUCCUUGAUGAAGCUAAAUCUGUAGGGAGCUUGAGGAGCGAUCGAUUGGCGAAUCUGAUAGGUUGCUGCUGCGAAGGCGAGGAGAGAUUACUCGUUGCCGAGUUUAUGCCUCACGAAACUCUUGCCAAGCAUCUUUUCCACUGGGAGAAUCAUCCGAUGAAAUGGGCGAUGAGAUUGAGAGUUGCAUUGUGUUUAGCGCAAGCAUUGGAAUACUGUAGUAACAAAGGGAGAGCUUUGUAUCAUGAUCUCAAUGCUUACAGGGUUUUGUUUGACAAGAAUGGGAAUCCAAGGUUGUCUUGCUUCGGACUCAUGAAAAAUAGCCGAGAUGGGAAGAGUUAUAGCACAAACUUGGCAUUUACUCCUCCAGAGUAUCUGCGAACCGGUAAAGACCUGUCUUCUUCAUGUUUAUAUUAUUUUGUGAACCUAAAAUUCCACAAAGCUAAAUCCACUCACGAAUCUAUAUAUUUCUUACAUCGUGUGUCAGGUAGAGUGACACCAGAGAGUGUAGUAUUCAGUUUUGGAACCGUUUUGCUCGACCUCAUGAGCGGCAAACAUAUUCCACCAAGCCAUGCGCUUGACCUGAUCAAGGGCAAGAACUGUGCAAUGUUAAUGGAUUCUGCUCUCGAGGGCCAUUUCUCAAACGAAGAUGGAACUGAGCUAGUUCGGUUAGCCACACGUUGUCUGCAGUAUGAAGCUAGAGAAAGGCCGAAUGUGAAAUCUCUCGUCACGUCACUCGCCACACUCCAGAAGGAAUCUGAUGUACCUUCAUAUGAUCUUAUGGGGAUACCAAAUGAAACCGAGGCUGAGGAAGAGCAGCCGCUUUCAUUGACGCCCUUUGGUGACGCAUGCUUAAGAGUAGAUCUUACGGCCAUACACGAAAUACUUAAUAAGAUGGGAUACAAGGAUGAUGAAGGAAUUGCCAACGAGCUCUCGUUUCAAAUGUGGACCAACCAGAUGCAGGAAUCUCUCAAUUCGAAGAAGCAAGGGGACUUAGCUUUCCGUUCCAAAGAUUAUACAACUGCAGUCGAUUGCUACACUCAGUUCAUAGAUGGAGGAACAAUGGUGUCACCAACGGUUCACGCACGGCGAUGCUUGUCAUAUCUGAUGAACGAGAACGCACAAGAGGCUCUAACCGAUGCAUUGCAAGCGCAGGUUGUGUCUCCAGAAUGGCCAACCGCUUUGUAUCUGCAAGCGGCUUGCUUGUUCAAGCUCGGCAUGGAAACCGAUGCGCAGCAAGCUCUUAAGGACGGUACUACAUUGGAAGCCAAGAAGACCAAUAGGCGCUGAUAUAAAGUGUUUUUUUCAAAAGAGCUUUGUAUAGGCUUAAUUUGUUCCCUCUCUCUCCAUCUAUAUGCACAUACACAUAUAUGGUGUAUCUAUUAUAUAUAUGCAUACCUUCUCUUUCUUCUUCUUCGUUGUAUUUAUCAUGAAUUAUGAUGAUGAUGAUUGUGAUCU